ACUGUCUAAACUCAGGUUGUCCCUCACUAGCUGUAGUUGAGGAGAACACACUGAAGGAAGUCUUCUCUCGUCUCCCGGUCUGCUCCAAUGUGACUGAACAUUAAGGGAGAAGAUGAUCUGCAGCAUCCUGCUGCUCAUCAGCCUGACCUCCUGUGUCUCUGGAUCAUUUGUAGUGAAUGUGACACAGACCUCCUAUCAGGCAGAGGAGAAUCACAGCAUCACACUGGAGUGGAUGUUCACAACCAGAACUCACAGUUCCCCCAACUCACUUUUUAUCUUCUGUGAACUGUCAGCUGAUCUCAGACCCUCAGUCCUGUUUCGUUUCCAUGAAGGUGUUGAGGUCCCAGAGUCUCAGGAUGAACAGUUUGCAGGACGAGUCCAGUGUGACGAAGACGUCCUCAGAGAAGGACGACUCAGACUUCAUGUGUCCAGACUCAGGACUAAUGACUCUGGUCUGUACCGGUGUGACGUGCACACAGGUUAUGGGAGGAACUCUGGGAAAUGCUGGCUCAAUGUCACUGGUAAGUUGACAGCAGCUCCUGAUGAGCCCAGACCUCAGAGACCAACAGUGAGUCCACAACCAGAGAGUCGGGGAAGGAUCGGCCUCUACGUUGGACUGGGACUGACAGCAGCAGCUCUCUGUGCUGGACUCUGCUUUGCCUUCAGACGUUCUUUUACUAAAUCUACUUAUAAGAAAGGAAUCAUCUGUGAAGUCGUAUAAAGUUCCUCAGAGAAACAAGCCAUCAGGACUAACAGGACUCUGUCUGGAGGACCCCCUUUGUAUGAGUCUUGAUGAACUUUAACUUAUUUUGUUUUUAAUGCCUUUUAUCAUUUUUUAACUGUUUUUAUUGCCUGGCUUUAUUUAUGCCACACUGCUCUACCUUGUGAAACUAAAUUAAGAUCCAGCUAUUGAGUCAAGUAUUUGAGAGGCUCUUCCAAACCUACAGGUGGCGUCGUUGGACAUCUUGAAGCAGCCAUGCCACAAGAGUACUAGUCAUUUCAUACAUCA